AUGACAGCCAUUAAAAUCCCUUUCACUAAAAAAAGCAUUAAGGAAAUUCCUGCUAAGGACUUAAAUGCAGGAAGUAAAGGUGUAGAAUUAGAAAUUCAAACUGAUUUCUUAGUAUCGCAAAUUCACUCCCUAGAUGGGGCACAUGGUGGUUCUAUAACUGACGGUUCUUUCCAAAAAAUUGCUUUUGUUUUUCAGGAUAAUGCCGAAAAGGCUUAUUAUGAGGCUCUUUUGGAUAGCAAAAACCAAAAUUUUGAGUUAAGUUUUGAUAAGGAGAAAGUUUUUUUAAUGGUGUUUGGUUUUGGAAAUCUUAUUGACAAAACUAAGCCCGAAGUUCAAUUAAAUCUAGCAUAUAAAAGUAUGAUAGUAUUUUUUGAGUCUAAAUUUACUGGAAUAAUCGCUUUGGAAAGUAAGGGGGACAAGGACACUCCUAACAAGGACACUCCUCCUAAUGUUAGUGUGGUGCGAAAUUAUUGUAAAAGCAACGAUAUCAAAAACCUUACUUAUGAUGAGGAAAAUGACAAGUUAAUCAUUGA